GGGACAUAUCGUGCAUAGGUUACUAUAGAGUCUCUCUAACUUGUCAAACCCACGUCUCAGCCAGGCUGGCUGGUGAAGUCGUCUUGGCCGUGACUCAUGAGCGGAGCUUGCCCUCGGGUAUCCACUCCUCUCCUCCGCACAUCUGAGGGCUCCGUGUCUCGCAGCGGACCAUGUUCUGUUCUCUGUGAAUAAACUGGGACUUCGUCAAAAAUGCUGCGGGUCAUUGUUGAGUCCGCCAGUGGGAUCCCCCAAAAGAGACUUGGAAACCCAGAUCCAAUAGCUGCGGUCAUCUUCAGAGGUGAAAAGAAGAAAACCAAAGCGAUCGACAGUGACUUGAAUCCUGUUUGGAAUGAAGUGCUUGAAUUUGAUCUGAAAGGCUCCUCCCUGGAUGCAUCCUCAUUCAUCAACCUGGUGGUGAAAGACUAUGAAACAAUCGGCAAAGAUAAAUUCAUCGGCUCUGCAAAAAUCUCUCUGAGAGACUUGGCCAGUGGUCAGGUGAAAUCCCUCCCAUUCAAGAAUGUGCCCCUGAUCAGUGAGAAACAACAGGCUGUUGGGGCAACCAUUAAUUUGCUCAUUGGGUAUGAGCAGCCAGAUGCAGACCUGGCUCAUAAUGUUGAUGAUGAAGGCAGUGAUGAGGGUGAGGAAGGGGAGGCAGACGUGAACAGAGAAGGUCAGGGUGGAAGUCCAGGGGCUCCCACUUCGCCAAACCAGCCUGGUAGGCCCAACCACAAGCCAGUCCGUCUCCGCCUCAAGAGACACAGGGCCCUGGUUAACAAGCCUCAGGACUUCCAGAUUCGUGUCAGGGUUAUUGAGGGUCGACAGCUGCCUGGCAACAACAUCAAGCCAGUGGUUAAGGUGAAUGCAUGCGGGCAGACCCACAGGACUAGAAUAAGAAGAGGAAAUAACCCGUACUUCGAUGAGAUUUUUUUCUGCAAUGUCAACAUGCUCCCCUCAGAACUGUUUGACGAGAGCAUCCAUAUUCAGGUUUAUGACUCCUUCUCCCUCAGAGCCAAUAGCCUCAUGGGAGAGUUCAAGUUGGAUGUUGGCUACAUUUAUGAUGAGCCAGGUCAUGCUGUAAUGAGGAAAUGGCUUCUUCUGAGUGAUCCCGAUGACUCCAGCUCAGGGGCCAGAGGUUACGUGAAAGUCAGCAUGAUUGUUGUUGGCACCGGGGAUGAGCCACCGUCUGAGAGGAGAGAGAUAAGUGAGGAGCAGGACGACAUAGAGAGCAAUCUUUUGGUGCCAACUGGUGUAACAAUGCGUUGGGCUACCCUGAGCCUUAAAGUCUACCGUGCUGAGGACAUGCCACAGAUGGAUGACAGCUUCACUCAGGUGGUGAAACAAGCCUUAAGAGGGAAUGGAGACCGGAAAAACUUGGUGGACCCAUAUUUGGAAGUUAGCUUCGCUGGGAAGAAGUUUUGCACCAAAAUCAUUGAGAAAAAUGCUAAUCCAGAGUGGAAUCAAGUCAUCAAUCUGCAAGUCAAGUUCCCGUCCAUGUGUGAACGCAUCAAAUUGACUUUGUAUGACUGGGAUCGUCUAACCAGGAAUGAUGCCAUAGGAACAACAUUUUUUAAUCUGAGCAAAAUGUCUUCUCCUGGUGGAGAGAUUGAAGAGAGCACCGGAGAAUCCGAGGUGGGUUUUCUUCCAGCUUUUGGGCCUUGCUAUGUCAACCUGUAUGGUAGCCCGAGAGAAUUCACUGGCCUGCCCGACCCAUACGAGGAACUCAACUUGGGCAAGGGUGAGGGGGUUGCCUACAGGGGAAGGGUCCUUGUUGAACUUUCCACUGAGCUGGAUGGAAAGAUUGAACAAAAUGUUGACGACAUCUGCAAUGAUGACAUCCUGGUGGCACAGAAAUACCAGCGGAGGAGGAAGUACUCUCUGUGUGCUGUGUUCCACAGUGCAUGCAUGCUCAAAGAGCCGGGCGAACCGAUUCAGUUUGAGGUCAGCAUUGGUAACUAUGGUAACAAGCUGGACUCCACCUGCAAGCCCCUGGCGUCCACCACCCAGUACAGCUUUGCUGUGUUUGACGGUAAUCACUACUAUUACCUUCCCUGGGCUAACACCAAGCCUGUAGUCAUUCUCACUUCAUACUGGGAAGACAUCAGUCACCGUCUGGAUUCAGUCAAUGUUCUCCUCUCUGUUGCUGAGAGACUGGAGUCCCACCUCACUUCUUUAAAAACUGCCAUCUUAGCCAAGGUGUCUGAGGCACGCCUGGGAGAGAUUUGGGUCAAACUCAUCAACCACAUGAUUGACGAUCUUCACAGUUUAAUGCUUCCAGCGCUGGAGGGCCAGCCCAACGUGACUGCACUGGACCUCAAAAUGAAAAACGUGCGUGAUGCUGCCAUAGACAAUAUCAUACAAAUGGCCAGUCGCAUUAGAGAAGAGGCCACAGACGUGAAGGCUACUGUCAGUGACAUUGAAGACUGGUUGGACAAACUCAAGCAGCUGGCAGAAGAGACUCAGAACAGCAUGCCGGAUGUGAUAAUCUGGAUGUUGAGACAAGAGAAGCGGGUGGCUUAUGCCAGAGUCCCAGCCAACCAGAUCCUCUACUCCAAGUUUAGUGAACAAGCCUGUGGCAAACACUGCGGGAAAACCCAGACCAUCUUCAUGCAGUACCCCAUGGACAAAAACCAAGGUGUGAAGAUCCCUGUACAGCUGCGGGUCAACAUGUGGUUCGGUCUCUCUGCCCAUGAGAAGAAGCUGAACAGCUUUUCAGAGGGGAACUUCAGUGUGUAUGCUGAAAUGUAUGAGAACCAGGCUCAGGUGUGUGGGAAGUGGGGAACCACUGGACUGGUUGGUCGCCAAAAAUUCUCAGACGUGACUGGAAAGGUGAAACUCAAACAAGAGCGCUUCCUGCCACCACAUGGAUGGAAAUGGGAGGGAGACUGGUUUGUCGACCCUCAGCGAUGCCUGUUAACAGAAGCAGGUGCGGGCCACACAGAGUUCACAGAUGAAGUCUUUGAGAAUGAAACACGUUUUCCUGGUGGGGAGUGGAAGCCUGCUGCGGAGCCCUACACAGACGUGAAUGGAGAGAAGGCACAGAGCACAGCAGAGUACGAGUGUCCUCUUGGAUGGACCUGGGAGGAUGAGUGGAGCUUUGACAGCAACAAAGCUGUGGAUGAGAAGGGUUGGGAAUAUGGCAUUACCAUACCUCCUGACGAUAAGCCCAAAUCCUGGGGUGCCGCAGAGAAGAUGUACCAUGUCUAUCGCAGGAAGAGACUCAUAAGACCGAGGAAGAAGAUUUCUGACAAAGUUGCUGCUGCCGAACGACAAGAACCGGGAGAAGGUUGGGAAUACUCUUCCCUGAUCGGCUGGAAAUUCCACAGGAAGGAGCGCUCCUCCGACACGUUCCGCCGCCGCUGCUGGAGGAGAAAGAUGGUCCCAUCAGAUGGGGCCUCCGCCAUCUUUGGGCUUGAAGGGGCAUUGGGUGUUGAUGUUGACGAGAAGGCCAGCAAAAUGGAUGCAGCCAAACAAUUUGGUGCCAACACGCCCACCGUUUCCUGCCACUUUAGCCGGUCUUCCAUUUACCACCUGAGGGUGUACGUGUAUCAGGCAAGGAAUCUCUGUGCCAUGGACAAAGACAGCUUCUCUGAUCCCUACGCUCAUGUGUCAUUCCUACAUGUGAGUAAGACCACAGAAGUCAAAAGGUCCACGCUGAACCCCACAUGGGAUCAGACGCUCAUCUUUGAGGACAUUGAAAUUCACGGCGACCCACAGACAAUUGCACACAAUCCUCCGGAACUGGUCUUGGAGCUGUACGACAGUGAUAAAGUGGGUAAUGAUGAGCCCAUGGGUCGUUGUACAUGCCCCCCUGUGGUAAAACUGAACCCCAGCGUGGCUGUCACCCCAAAGCUACUGUGGUUCCCAGUCAUCAGAAAGGAUCACAGUGCUGGGGAGGUUCUCCUUGCUGCUGAGCUCCUCCUGAAGGACAAGGCUAAUGACGGCGAUAUGCCCUUGGUCCCUCCUCGGCGGGGGGAGAAGCUCUACAUGGUUCCCCACGGAAUCAGGCCCGUAGUGCACCUCACUGCGAUAGAGAUCUUGACUUGGGGUUUGAGGAACAUGAAGACCUACCAGUUGGCCACAGUUUCCUCUCCCAGUUUGAUUGUGGAAUGCGGUGGUGAGAUUGUUCAAACUGCUGCAAUCAAGAACUUCAAAAAGAAUCCAAACUUCCCCGGAUCUGUGCUGCUGCUCAAAGUGCUUCUUCCCAAAGAGGAGAUGUACACCCCUCCCAUUGUGCUGAAAGUAAUCGAUCACCGACCCUUUGGAAGGAAACCUGUAGUGGGUCAGUGCACCAUCAACUGCCUGGACGAGUUCCGCUGUGACCCAUAUCGCAUUAACACUGAAGUCUGCAUGUCCGAUAGAGUGGCAAUGAUUGCUGCUGCCCAGAGAAAUGUCUUAAUAGACAUUGAGGAGAGGCCCAUCAUGAUAACUGAGCUUAAAGCAGAAAAGGAGGAGGAGGCAGUGGACUGGUGGAGUAAGUUCUACGCCUCUAUUGGAGCGAAGGCAAAGUGCGGCCCCUACUUGCAAAAGGGCUAUGACACGUUACAGGUAUAUAAGUGUGAACUAGAGGAGGUUGCAGAGUUCCAGGGACUCACUGAUUUCUGCAGCACUUUCAAACUUCAGCGAGGAAAGACUGAAGAUGAUGAGGACGAUCCCUCGGUGGUGGGAGAGUUUAAGGGAUCAUUCAAGAUUUACCCCCUGCCCGAUGACCCAGGGGUGCCAAUGCCACAUCGCCAGUUCAGAGAGCUUCCUGAGAGCGAACCUCAGGAGUGCCUGGUCAGAAUAUAUGUUGUCCGCUGCAUUGACCUUCAGCCUAUGGAUACAAAUGGCCUAUGUGACCCAUACAUUAAGAUUACACUGGGGAGGAAAACAGUGGAUGACAGAGAUAACUACAAACCAAACACCCUUAAUCCAGAGUUUGGGAGGGCGUUUGAGUUGUCCUGCUUCCUGCCUCAAGACAAAGACCUGAAGAUCGCUGUGUAUGAUCUUGACUUGCUGAGCAGAGAUGAAAAAGUCGGCGAGACAGUCAUCGACUUGGAGAACAGACUCCUGUCCAGUUUCAGGUCCUGCUGUGGCCUGCCACAGACUUACUGUGUGUCAGGGAUCAAUCAGUGGAGAGACCAGCUGAAACCUUCUCAGAUCCUCCAGAACGUGGCCAAAGUGAGAGGUGUUCCUCCGCCACGCAUAGAAGAAGAUGGCAGCUCAAUCUCUUUCUCAGGAAAACAAUAUAGCCUGCAAGAUUUUGAAGCGAGAGCUGUGAUCCACCCGCACUUGGGCUCAGCCAGAGAGAGGAUGGCUCUGCAUGUCCUCAGAGAACAGGGCUUGGUACCAGAGCACGUGGAGACGAGAACCCUGUUUAGCUCCCACCAACCCAACCUGUGCCAGGGACAAAUUCAAAUGUGGGUUGACGUUUUCCCCAAGAGCCUCGGUUUGCCAGGGCCUCCAUGUGAAAUCACUCCACGCAAAGCCAAGAAGUACUUCUUGCGGGCCAUCAUUUGGAAAACAACCGAAGUCACUCUGGAUGAGACAAGCAUCACCGGUGAAGACAUGAGUGACAUCUACGUCAAAGGAUGGAUGCCAGGAAUGGAGGACGACAAGCAGAAGACAGAUGUUCACUACAGAUCCUUGGAUGGUGAUGGAAAUUUCAACUGGAGGUUCAUCUUUGGGUUUGACUAUCUGUCUGCAGAACAGCUGUGUGUCAUCUCGAGGAAACAACACUUAUGGAAUCUGGACAAAACUGAAUUUAGGAUUCCUCCUAAACUGAUCAUCCAGAUAUGGGACAAUGACAAAUUCUCCCUGGAUGACUACUUAGGUUCAAUUGAGCUGGACCUACUCAAUCUUAUCCCCCCUGCAAAGAGUCCAGAGAAGUGCAGCCUGAAGAUGUUGCCGGGGAUGGCAGUCUCAAGCUCCUCCAAAAAACAACAGCCAAACUCAAUCUUCUCCCAGAAGUCUGUACGAGGCUGGUGGCCAUGCAUGAUGGAGCAGGAUGGGAAACAAGUGCUAACUGGGAAAGUAGAGAUGACCUUGGAAAUAAUGGAGGAGAAGGAGGUGGAGGAGAGACCUGCUGGGAAAGGCAGAGAUGAGCCCAACAUGAAUCCCAAACUGGACCAGCCAAACCGACCUGACACGUCAUUCUUCUGGUUUACAAACCCUUGCAAAACCAUGAAGUUCAUAGUUUGGCGCAGAUUCAAAUGGAUUUUCAUCGCAUCGAUUCUUCUUUUGGUGGUGAUCUUGUUCCUCGGGAUCCUGCUCUACUCCCUGCCUAAUUAUAUCUCAAUGAAGAUUGUGAAGCCUUUCUCCUGAGGAGCAUUUUAGAGAAGCUGCUUGCCCUCCUGCAGCAGAAUCUGCAGUACUGUCCCUCAGAAAUAUGCAAGGACUUUCUUUGCUGAUGCCAUAGUCGACUGAUAUUCAUCAUUUUCUUCUCACAUAAUCAGAAAUUACUAUUUUUUGUACUCCGUAUUACUUGUAAUGUAUCGCUUGUACAGCAAAAAAAAAAGACUAAAAUUAAGAAUGUCAAGAAUCAGAUAUUAGUUUUAUAUAAAGAAAUUGUUCACAUUUUGUUAUUAAGUGUUUGGUAAGAGAUCUAAAGAAGUAUGAGAAGAAAAAGAUAAUCUUAUCACCAACAUUUAAUUAGCAAUAUCAACACAAAAAAAGUACUUUGGCUGUAUGAAUAUGUUACAUUACGUGUCAAAAUUGUGAUGAAUUAGACCUACACUUGUAUCAUUUGUUUUUUUUAUUCACUUUAUACAAAAAAAAUCCGACACUGCAUAACAUGUGAUUAGUUCAUUGAGAGUGACACUGAGUGACAAAGCUACCAGAAAUUAAGAUACAGUUUGUUGUCAAGCUUGGAUUAGCAACCAGGCAGAACAGGCAACCACCUAGGGGCCCCAAUAACCCCAAAAUUUACUCCACAUCAUUUGCAUCAACCAAAUGUAACUGAAUAUGUUUAAGGCAUUUAUUAUUUCAGUUUAAAAUGAGCUCAUUUGUUGUGUAUAAUUGCUUAAAUUUUUUCCUGUCCCAUUCAAUAAACACAAAACAACCUCA